AUGCAACAAGUCCAACAAGUCAAACAAACCCAACAAGUCAAACAAGCCAAACAAUUCAACAAGUCCAACAAGUCAAACAAAACCAACAAGUCAAACAAAACCAACAAAACAAACAAAACCAACAAACCCAACAAGCCAAACAAUCCAACAAGUCAAACAAAACCAACAAACCCAACAAGUCCAACAAACCCAACAAGUCAAACAAACCCAACAAGUCAAACAAGCCAAACAAUCCAACAAGUCAAACAAAACCAACAAGUCAAACAAAACCAACAAGUCAAACAAAACCAACAAGUCCAACAAACCCAACAAGUCCAACAAGCCAAACAAACUCAACAAGUCCAACAAGUCAAACAAACCCAACAAGUCCAACAAACCCAACAAGUCAAACAAACCCAACAAGUCCAACAAAACCAACAAGUCAAACAAACCCAACACGUCAAACAAGCCAAACAAUCCAACAAGUCCAACAAGUCAAACAAAACCAACAAGUCAAACAAAAACCAACAAGUCAAACAAAACCAACAAGUCCAACAAACCCAACAAGUCCAACAAGCCAAACAAUCCAACGAGUCAAACAAAACCAACAAGUCCAACAAACCCAACAAGUCCAACAAGCCAAACAAUCCAACAAGUCAAACAAGCAAAACAAACGCAACAAGUCCAACAAACCCAACAAGUCAAACAAAUCCAACAAGUCAAACAAAACCAACAAGUCCAACAAACCCAACAAGCCAAACAAACGCAACAAGUCCAACAAGUCAAACAAACCCAACAAGUCAAACAAGCCAAACAAUCCAACAAGUCCAACAAGUCAAACAAAACCAACAAGUCCAACAAACCCAACAAGUCCAACAAGCCAAACAAUCCAACAAGUCAAACAAGCAAAACAAACGCAACAAGUCCAACAAACCCAACAAGUCAAACAAAUCCAACAAGUCAAACAAAACCAACAAGUCCAACAAACCCAACAAGCCAAACAAACGCAACAAGUCCAACAAGUCAAACAAACCCAACAAGUCAAACAAGCCAAACAAUCCAACAAGUCCAACAAGUCAAACAAAACCAACAAGUCCAACAAACCCAACAAGUCCAACAAGCCAAACAAUCCAACAAGUCAAACAAGCAAAACAAACGCAACAAGUCCAACAAACCCAACAAGUCAAACAAAUCCAACAAGUCAAACAAAACCAACAAGUCCAACAAACCCAACAAGCCAAACAAACGCAACGAGUCCAACAAGUCAAACAAACCCAACAAGUCAAACAAGCCAAACAAUCCAACAAGUCCAACAAGUCAAACAAAACCAACAAGUCAAACAAAACCAACAAGACAAACAAAACCAACAAACCCAACAAGCCAAACAAUCCAACAAGUCAAACAAAACCAACAAACCCAACAAGUCCAACAAACCCAACAAGUCAAACAAAACCAACAAGACAAACAAAACCAACAAACCCAACGAGUCCAACAUUCCAACAAACGGAACUCGUACUGACGGAUUGUGGAAGUUAUUAA